GGAGACCCACACUCCUGCAAGGGCGGUUACAGAACUGUGGUAGUGCGCCGACACAUUGUCUCAACUCCAGGGAAUUCCUUCCGGCAAAUGUGGCAGGGCAAAGGACAUGGGCGAGCCCAUCAGCCGGUCACAAGCCACCAAGAGGCUAAAAGAGCGAUUCCUUCAGGCGCUUCAGCAUGACGAUGACCAGGAGGUCCGGAGGAUCCUGCACACCACCAACAUAGACAUCGACACUGUGUUGGAGGUGGAGGACAAGAAUAUGAUUCUGGCUUCAUACAAAAAAGGUUACUGGCUGCCAGGAUACAAGCUGGAGUGCUCUUGGGCUAUGGGCCUCCAUGUUUGCGUGAUGUAUAACUCCCUGGCUAGUGCCAUGGUGCUCCUGGAGGAAGGGGCAGCAGUCAACCGGAAGCCCAACGGGAAGACCCCUCUGCAUGUAGCAUGUGAGGUCUCUAAUAUUGACUUUGUCACCCUCCUGCUGAACCAUGGAGCCAGGAUCAACAGCGUGUCGCUGAGCGGACACACACCUCUGCACUACUGCAUCACUAAGGAGUCAGUGGACUGUGCCAAACAGCUCAUUCUAAAAGGUGCACAUAUGGACAAACACAGUGAGAACGACGACGAGGAGACACCCCUUCACACCGCUGCCCGCCUCGGCCUCCCUGAACACAUCGCCCUGUAUAUCAGCCACGGUGCCAAUGUGAACGCCGUGAACGCACGCUCCGAGACGGCGCUCAUCGUGGCGGCCUUCUGGGCCCUGAGCGUCCGGGAGCAGCUGUACUCGGGGGAUCACCACCUGGUGUGCCGCAUGCUGCUGGACUACGGAGCCACCGUUGACCUGCAGGAGGAGGACAACAAAACGGCCCUCCAUAAGGCCGCCUGGAACUGCGACCGCACGAUCAUGCAGAUCCUGCUGGAAGCUGGGGCCGAUGCCCGCCUCAUGGACAUCAAUGGCUGCGCACCCAUCCAGUACGUCCUCAAAGUGACGCAAGUGAGGCCCAUGGGAGAGCCGGAGGUGUGCUACCAGCUGCUGCUCAAUCACGGCGCGGCGAGGGUGUAUCCCCCACAGUUCCAUAAGGUGUUGUACGCCUGUCAUGAGUAUCCAAGGGCUGUGGAAAUACUGAUAAACUCAUAUGAACAUAUCAAAGCCACAAAGAAAUGGAGAAUGGCUAUUCCUGAAGGUACAUACCAGCAACACCGCAAUUUCUACGACUCUGUGUUUGCUGUGUGUAGUAACACACCACGUACUCUGCUGCAUCUGGCCAGAUGUGCCAUCCGGGCACAUAUGCUCAACAGAUGCCACUGCGGGAUCAAAACACUGCCCGUUCCACAGUCAAUGGAGAGAUAUUUGUUACUUGAACCAGAAGGAAUCAUUUAUUGAGGUGUCACACUGUACCUCUAAAGGCCCAGCUAAUAACUGAUAGCCCUUCAGGGUGCAUAUGAGCGGAGAAUUUCAGUACAAAAAUAUUUGGUCAUAGAAGUUUUCAAAAUUAACCCAUGGUCAAUUUUCAGGAUUUUCAAGAAAAGGGACCAUUUUUAACCAGUUGUAAAUCAUUUCUAAGUAGUUUUUCUUCAUUUGUAUCCCAUCCCCUCUCACAGGUUAAAAAAACAUUGUCAACUCAGAAAACUGCGAAAAGCACUUAAAGAACCUUACCUUUCUUAGCAUGUAAAUAAAAAAAGAACAUUCACUCCAGGGGCUCAAAUGAAGAGAUGGGCUUUUAUCCAUACAAGGUAAGUGUAAUUAAACAAAAGACAUGACAUUUAGUAAUAGCAGUGUGAAUCUGGAUCCAUAUCAGAGGUAUUGGUCUGAUAUAAUGUUGCAGAGUAAUAUAGCACAAUUCACUCGCAGCACUUAAGGGACCCUGCAUGAAUAGGCAAAAGUGUCUCGGCUUUUAAUUAUUUGUUAGCCGAGAUCCCAAAUGGCACCGUCUGCACUUACUGUAAAUGUCAUCUUUUCACUCAAAGAACUCAAAUGAGCUCAUACUCAGGCCUUUAUUUAAAAUAAUGGUAACAUUACAAAAUGGAAGUCUCACACUUGAAGGCAUAAGAAAUACGACACAAAUUGCCUUUUUUCGUGUUUUCCAGAAAUUUCUUUGGUUAAAAUGUAGUAAGAUGUAAAAAUAAAAUGAUAGAUACUUUAGACAUUGCUGUAUUAUUUUUGAGGACUGGUUCACCUUGUCUGAGGUGUCCAAGAUUAAUAGAACUACC